AAUGUCAUAUUUGCCAAAACGUAUGAAUACAGAGUUACUCAAACUAAUUUUAUAUUUUCUAGUAUUCGUGUGGGACAAGUUCUUAAUAUAAUACAUUUUUAUAAAAAAUAUCAAAAGAAAAUAUAGAUAUUAAGUCAUUUUACCAACCUACGCACUUUUGUCAAUUUCUACAUCAAAAACGAAAAAUUAAUUACAAAAGUAUAAAGCAAUCAACAACAACUUUAACAUAAUGGCCAACAUUUUGGAAAAUCAAUUGGCUGGCUUAACACAAGUUAUUGAAAAACAAUUGGAUGAGCAAUUGGAACGUUUUGAUAACCUGGAUAAAGAUGACCUCAAAUCAAUAAGAGAACAACGUAUCAGAGAGAUGAAAGAAUUGAAUACAAAAAAACAAGAAUGGCUAAAAAAUGGCCAUGGCACCUUCACAGAACUGGCUGAUGAAAAGGAGUUCUUUGAAGUCUCGAAAAAAUCUCCCAAUAUUGUGUGUCACUUUUAUCGGGACUCAGCAGAACGAUGCCGCAUUGUCGAUAUGCAUCUGAAGAUCUUGGCUGGCAAACAUGUCGAGGCAAAAUUUUGCAAGGUAAAUGCUGAAAAGUCACCAUUUCUCACACAACGUCUACGUAUCAAAGUAAUUCCUACCAUAGCUUUGAUAAAGGAUAGUAAAACAAAGGAUUUCAUUGUCGGCUUUACCGAUUUGGGCAAUUGUGAUGAUUUCUCAACUGACAUGCUCGAAUGGAGAAUAGCACAGUCCGGUGCGAUUGACUACAAGGGUGAUCUGAUGACCCCACCAGAUAUUAAAAAGAAAACAUAUAUAAAUCGUCCCAGAAAAACUAUACGGGGUGGUUAUGAUUCAGAUGAUUCCGAUAUUGACUUCGAUGAUUAACCUGCUUGCACACUUACUAAAUAGUUUAAAAAGAAGCUAGUGUUUAGAACUACUCAUUUUUUUGUUUCAAUACAUUAGUCUAUAUUGCCUGCCUUUUCUUUUUGCUGUUUCCCAAGUGUCUUUUUUUAAGCUCAAGUUUGAAAGGUUAAUAUUCAAACUUUUUUUCAUUAACCUAAUGCUUAAAAAUCAAAAUGUAUUCAACAAUGUUUAAUUGCAAGAAAAUAAUCAACAACAUGAUACUCUUUAUCAAUAAUUUCAUACCAUUUACAUUCACUUUAUUUUUUGUAUUUUAAUUUAUAUUAAAAAAAUUCCUAGUUUUACUACACAAAUAAAUAAGUAUUGUUUUUUUUUUUUUUGCAAAAUGUCUUUUAUAAAAAGUAGCACAAAAUUAAAAAAAAAAUUAAUAGGAUUAAAACUAAAAAAGACAACUUUUUCGUAGAAUUUAGAAUAAAACAUAUUUUCUUAAUGCAUAAAAAGUAUACAUCAUAAGCAAGAAUAUCGACAUCAAAGGUGAAAGUGAACAUACACAAAUGUUCAUAAACAUAUAUACACACAGUUACUAAAUUAUACGUACGAUUUACUUAUUGGGCCUUUUCUUAAAAUUCUAUAUAUAUAAAUAUACAAGGCCUGACUUAUUCAUUCACUCACUCACUCAUGACUGAUGAGUCAGUGAAUCAGUGAGUGAAUGAAUGAAUGUGUUAUGCCUUGUAUUUUUAAAUAUAUAGAUUUUUUAAAAAAGGUCCAAAAAGUCGAUCGUACGUAUACUUUGGUAACUGUGUGUAUGUAUGUACUAAAUAAUUAUGUGAAUAUAUGUGUAUGAGAUCAUUUGUAUCCUAACCCCCAGUAACACGAAGUCUGGUUAUGUGUUAACUAAUAGUUAUACUGACAGUUUUCAUACAAAAAUAAUUUAAAAAAACAGUAUAACUAUUAGUUAGCACCUAACCAGACUUCGUGUUAAUGGGGGUAAAUGUAAUAAAAAUUGAUAUAAUAUUUUCAUUUAAAUAAUAGUAAUAAUAAUUCCUAUUUUUAUAGUGUCAAAGAAUCUAAGCAAAACAUACAUAAAUACUUCAUUCACAAAUUAAAUUGGACUAAACAAACAACAAAAUCUCUACAUAUUUUGUCUCGUUCUCUUAUUAAUAAAAAUAAUAAUAAUCUUAAUUUAUUUUUAUAAUUUUAAAAUGUAAUAUUUUUUUAAUUCAAAUAAAAAAUGCAUGUAUGUAUAUGUUUUUUUUAUGUUCAAAACAAACAAA